GAAGAAAACAGAGAAAGUAAGGAAAGAACAAAAAAAAUAAAAUUCAAAGAGAUAAUAAUAAUUAUUUUUUUUAUUCAAAAAGAAAAAUUACGAUGGGAGAAGUGAUAAUAUAUGUUGAUGAUUAUGAAUUUUUUUCUUCUUCAACAUAUUUAUGUAGAAUUUGCCAUGACGAAGAAUUCGAAAGUUGUAAAAAAUUAGAAGCUCCAUGUGCAUGUUCUGGAACUGUUAAGUUUGCACACAGGGAUUGUAUUCAAAAAUGGUGUAAUGAAAAAGGAAACACAAUUUGCGAAAUUUGUUUACAGAAAUUUGAACCAGGAUAUACGGCUCCACCUCCUAAGAAGAAGGCCCACUUGGUUGAUAAUAAUAAUAAUAAUACAGCUGCAAUUAUUAGAGGAAGUGUAGAAGCAGAUAUAGAAAAUGGAACGGAAAGAGUAGAGUCGGAUUCAGAAUCAGAAGAAAGAGAAAUGUUGGUGAGGAGUACUCAGUAUUAUGAAUGCUCACAAGCUGCUGAUAGAAGCGCGUCUUGCUGCCGAACUAUUGCUCUUAUUUUCACAAUUCUGCUUAUGAUGAGACAUUUGUUAGAGGUGAUGAAUGGAGGAGCAAAAAACUAUCCCUUUACACUUCCUACAUUGCUAAUUAUUAAAUCAACUGGAAUACUCUUGCCCAUGUACAUUAUACUAAUGUUAAUCACAAGAAUACAGAUAAUCAUAAGACAUCAAUAUCUGGAUUCAGAAGACAGGCUAUCUAAUUCUGACCAAGACAACUAAUACAAGUGUUCAAUUUGCAUAUUCUUUUUUCAUUAACAGUGUAAUUUGUAUUUCUAAGCAUCGUACUGAUGCUUAUCUAAUUGUUUUUUUUUCUUCAUACACGUGGAGAGUAAUUAAAAGUUUUACAAAUCAAUUAUAUGAUUAUAGUAAUAUAUACAAUUUCAUUGCUUCUUUU